AUGUUACACAAAAGGUGCCGACCUGCAUUGGCAGAGGGAAUUUCAUCAUCCUGGAGUUCUCUGUGUCAGCAGAAUCCUAAGUCCCUUCAAUAUCCACAUGUGCUCAACACUGUACUGGCUAUUGGGGAUACGAAGAAGCACCUGGCAGAUCCCUGUCAACAGGAAGAAAAUGACCCUCCAGAGGACCAUGAUCCUGGGCAAUUUGCAGGCCUGCUCCAUGGAUCUUCUCCAGCCUGUGAGUCCCCUGAUAACCCACUUCGUCUCUAUAGCAAAGCAAACAUGUGCGGAAGAGCACAGGAAGAAAUUAGUUUGAUGAAUAAUCCUGUCCAUUAUCAGCAGCCUCCACCAGGAAAUAACCCAGGAGCUCCAGUAAAGAAAAUUAAGCCCAAAGUGGUUAGUAGAACCAUUUUUCACACAAAAAGCCAUCCAUUAGAAAAUCACACCCUUGUUGGCACAAGAACAGCAAGAAAUGGAACAAGAAAUGGGAAUGGGGACCAGUGGGGUGUUAGCACAGGAGGAUUCGUGGAGCGAGCCUGUACUCUAGGAAGGAUACGGUCUUUGCCAAAGGCCCUUCUUGAUUUGCAUUUGUCCAAAAAUGUUUCCAAAUCUGAUUCUGAUCUCAUUGCUUACCCAUCCACUGAGAAAACUUCAAGGGUGAACUGGAGUGAAUCCUCAACAACUGAACCCAGUUCUAAAGGGAAUUCUGAGAGGACUCCUUCCUUCACUUCUGAAUGGGAAGAAAUUGAUAAAAUAAUGAGCUCUAUAGAUGCUGGAAUCAACAAUGAACUCGAAGAGAUGAAUGAUGAUAUUACAAGAAGAAUUGGCAUAGUUGAAGUUGAGCUGGAGUCAGAAAAUCUGCCUUCCAGCCACACUUCUACCACUCGUGAUAAGUGGAACCUGAAGAAAGGCAUUAAACUUUUCUGA